UUUUCUUCUUUUCCCUCGUCAAUCAAUGAAUGAGCUAGAGAAAAACCAGAAAACCCUAGCUAAUCAGCAAUACAACUAAACCCUAACUCUGAUCAAAUUUUCGGCAACAAUCACAUUGCUUUUCCGGCGAUUUUGAUGGAUUCCAACGGCAAAUCCACUAGGCUUACGCCUAAAAAAUGCUCCAAAAUUUCUGAGAAUUUGAACCCAAAUGUGGAGCUCAGUCUAGUUUUAUCAAAAUAUUCUAAAUCAGCAACGAAAACUCAGAAAUCAGUUUCCAGAAAUCCUAACACUAAUCAAUUGGCUUCACCUUCGCCUAAAAAUAAGAUUCGUCAGAGGAAGUUUGUAAUCGCGAAGAAGAAGAAGUAUAAUACAGAUAAUCUGAAACCUUCAAUGAUUUGUAAGAAGAAGUAUAAUACAGAUAAUCUGAAACCUUCAAUGAUUUGUAAGUGUAAUAAGGAUGGUGCUGAGAAAAAAAAGUGUCUUUGUGUUGCAUAUGAGAGUCUUAGGGCUUCUCAAGAAGAGUUUUUUAAGAAUCGCGGUGGAAAUGAACAGGAAGAGUAUGACAUUGAGAAGUUGGAUGAAAUAAAUGGAGCUGAAAAUGGCGAUGGAGAGCGAAUUACAGUCGACCAGGAGGUAACAAUUUCAAUUUCCGAGGGUGAAUUAGUUGAAUUGGCGGAAAGGGCAAACGAGGAUGUGGGUCGGGGUGAAAUGAGUGGUGGGACUAUAAAGAGGAGGAGGGAGAAGUUGUUGGAAGAAGCAAGACAAAGUGUACCUGAAGCUGGUUCUGGAAGAGUGAAGCAUUUAGUUAAGGCUUUUGAGAAGCUUCUCUCAAUACCGAAAACAAAAGAGUGUGAGGAGAAAGGGGAAAAUGAUGAAAAUAAAGCAGAGGAUUCUGGCAAGGAACAAAAAUGGGCAUUGCCUUGUUUACAGCCUCCCGUGAUUCUUGAGACACAGGUAUCUUCUUUUUCGUUUUGUCCAUCUGAUUUCUUCCUCAACUCCGAGAGCUUAGGAUUGGAUUCGCGUUGUGCUUCCUCAUUGGAUAGCAGCCAUGGAUGCUUCAGUAUUUCAAGCAUGACUUCAGGUGGUGGUCGAAGGAGCAGACGCAAUAGUGCUGAAUCAUCAAGCACAUUUGCUAAAAGAAACUGGAAGAGAAGGCAGCUCAAAGCGACCUCCCAAAAGCCCUUCAAACUUAGAACUGAGGAAAGGGGAAAAUGUAAGGAGGAAGAAUUUAUAAAGAAAGUGCAACAAAUGGUGGAGGAAGAGGAGAAACAGCGGAUACCAAUUGCACAAGGCCUUCCAUGGACAACAGACGAGCCAGAGUGUUUGCCAAAGCCUCCGAUAAAAGAGAGCACAAGGCCAGUUGAUCUGGUGCUGCACAGUGACAUUAGGGCUGCUGAACGUGCUGAGUUUGAUCACCAGGUAGCAGAAAAAUUGAGCCUUAUUGAACAAUACAAGAUGGAAAGAGAGAGACUGCAGAAGAUUGCUGAGGAAGAAGAAAUUAGGAGGCUGAGAAAUGAACUUGUUCCAAAAGCUCAACCGAUGCCCUACUUUGAUAGGCCUUUCGUUCCUAGAGGGUCAACAAAAGAUCCUACCAUUCCAAGAGAGCCAAAGUUCCAUAUACCUCAACAUAAGAAGAUCAAGUGCUGCAUGUCUUGGAAUGAUAUGUACAUACACAACAACAGCGAAUGGGGGAUGCAGCAAUGACAAGUGAGGCAGCAAUGACUAGGGAGGCAGUCCUGCAUUUUGGGUUAUAUUUAACUGUGUAUAGGAAGCAAUAGAUUUUCAUAAUCGUAUCAAUUUUUUGAGAAAGGGAAAAGAAAGCAGUAAUUUUGGCACAACGGUAUUGAAUCACUAAUUUUUCAUAAUUGUCUCAAUUUUGGGAAAGAAAACAGUGAUUUUGGCACAAUAGUAUGUCAACUUGAUGAACUCUCUAUUUGCACAACCC